UAUGCGCAUGUUCUGUAUUUUUAUGCACAGAUGGUACAAUGUAACAUUUACCCUCUCUGCUGCUGUGUGUUAAGAGUUCUCAUAUAACAUUUAUAUCUUUAUUGGCCUAUGUGGAAUAUGUUUAAAAUAAUUAGACUUUAGUUUUGAUAAUUAUAUGAGAGUUAUUUAUCAGAGAUGGAAACUUCCUGUGAGGGGUUAGAAGCAGUCUGCACAGAAGUUUUGAAAAUUGAUCCUUAUGGUGUUAAAGUCUUUAUGGUGCAAAGGAGAAACUUUUCUCAAGUGCCUUAAAUCAUUUGAUGACCUGGCAAGCAGACUAUUAGCAACUGUUUUGUCAAGCUCUCCUCUCUCCGCCUGCACCUAACACAUUCUGGAUGUCCAGUUUUCACGGCGCGACCUUAUUAAAAGGCUUUGGCUCUCGUUGGUGGACUCUGAAUCCAGAUUCAAGGUAACACGAGCAGAGUGGCGAGCUCAUUGUCAAGCGAUGCUAAAAAUGUGUUUACAAUUAAAUGUUUCAGGGAGCCACAGUGUUUUGCACACACAUUGUUUUAUAAUCUGAGAUAAACUGAGGCGCUGGUGAUGAAAUUGUAUGACCACAUUCCUCCUUUAAGUAAUGAAUCAUUUUGGACCAUGACUGUGGCCAUGCUCUUAUUUUAGGAUGGCUGGUGCAGUUAGAGUAGAUGUGCAUACAAUCUACACCAAACAUUAUUAUUUACAUCUUCCGUUUUUUAAAUAAAUGUACAACAUUACAUGUUUAUUCUUUUCUCCCCUCAGGCGGCUUUUGGCGUUCCAACAACGAACACCCUGAUGCUGCGAGUCCUCCUGCUGACCAGGAUGGAAGAUCUCCAUCUCCUCCCCCCGAGCAGCUCCCAUCACCACCCUCCAGGAUGGAGGGGCAACAACCUGGUCCUAGUGCUAGUUUUGCAGUUCCGCAUCCUGUUCCUCCUCUUUUCCCACAUGCUUCUCCUCUUUUCCCUCCUGCUCCUUUCCCGCAUGCCGCUCCUCUUUUCCCUCAUGCUCCCUCUCCUUUCCUGUAUGUUCCUCCUCCUUUCCCACACGCUUCUCCUCUUUUCCCUCCUGCUCUUUUCCCGCAUGCCGCUCCUCUUUUGCCUCAUGCUGCUCCUCUUUUGCCUCAUGCUGCUCCUCUUUUGCCUCAUGCUGCUCCUCUUUUGCCUCAUGCUGCUCCUCUUUUGCCUCAUGCUCCCGCUCCUUUGCUGCACAUUCCUCCUCCUUUCCCGCAUGCUGCUCCAGUUUUGCCUCAUGCUGCUCCUCUUUUGCCUCCUGCUCCUGCUCCUUUGUUGCACAUUCCUCCUCCUUUCCAACAUGCCGCUCCUUUGUUGCACAUUCCUCCUCCUUUCCAACAUGCCGCUCCUUUGUUGCACAUUCCUCCUCCUUUCCCACAUGCCGCUCCUUUUUUCCCUCAUGCUCCGGCUCUUUUCUUGCUCAUUCGUCGUCCUUUCCCGGAUGCUGCUCCUCAUGCUGAGGUCAACGUUGGUCUAGAAGAAGACAGGAUUGUCAUCCCUUGUCUUGAACCUGAGACCAUUGGGCCAUCCUUCCUUGAUGACAGCUCUUUGGAAGAGGCCUCUCCCUCGACUUCUGGUCUCAGCUCCUCCACGAAGAGGGACAGAGAAGACAGCGACCAGGAAGACAGCGACCAGGAAGACAGCGACCAGGAAGACAGCGACCAGGAAGAGGCUGCAGCAAAGAGGCCGAGGUUGUCAGAUGACAGCGACUCAGACUGACUCUACAGGACUUCCAUACCUUCUGGAAACAGCAGAGUAUCCUUGAGUCAACCUUUUUGCCUUCAUUGCUGCCUGACCACAGCUGUCAAGGACUUCACACCAAAGCAUCAGGCAGAGUAAAUGAUUGCCAGGCCAGCCCUUGCAUCUGGCAGGGCUGUUGACACCCCAGGUAGUGUCUUGCACUGGGGGGCAUCUGUCCAUCAUUCCCUCAUGUUGGCAGGGUUGUUGUUUUGUCUCUUCUCAAACCCUGAGGGCUGGCCUUUGCAUCUGACAGGGCUGUAAAUGUCCCAGGUAGCGUCUUGCAAAGGGCUUUUUUGUACUUUUGCACAUUUUGGUACGGCGGCUGCAUCAACCUUUCUUUCUUUCUGGAGGCAGGCCUUUGUGUCUUGCAGGGCUAAGUACCAUUUUCUUGGUUGUGCAUUUAAAAUGAAUAAUAAUGAUAAUAAUAAUGAUAUUCCUUUUCACAGCACUACUUGCUCCUACUGGCUCCUACUGGCAGGUCUGCAGUGUGCCAGCUGUCAUGUCCUCCCAGUGAAGCUAAUCAAUGGCACAAGAAAAGGAUUGACUGGCAACACCGUGUGUCAUGGAGGGAGCACAUGGCUUUCUGCAGUCCUCCCCAGCCCUGUGAUACACUGGCGACCCGUCCAGGGUGUAACCCCACCCUCGCCCCAAUGUCAGCUGGGAUCAGCUACAUCCGAUCCAAGCUGACUGAGGGCACAAAAGGUGAGUAUCAGCUUCUGACUGUUUAUUGUUUAUCCUUGUAUUACGCAUAUUUAUUGUUAUUGUUAUUAUCUACUUGAUAAUUAGUUUCACUAACCAUUAUUUAUUCUCCUCCUCCUCUGCCUCCUGAGCUGCUGCUGUUCACUGAGGACAGAAAAAAGUGAGUACGAGCUUCCGACUGGAAGAAACAUUGAUCUAGAAUAGUCUUUACUAUAAAAACAGAGGAGGUAAUAACUAACCAUUAUUUAUUGUUCUUCCUUUUUACCACCUGAGCUGCUGCUGUAAACUGUGGAUGAAAAAGGGGAGUAUUAGGUAUACUAACUACAUGCCUGUUUAUUUAUAUUCAUAUAAUGUCACUAAUUUAGCAGUUCAAGGACAAUUUGUGCGUCUUACCAUUAUUUUUUUCUUUGUCUCUUACUCACACUUGACACUUGAGCUACUGUUUACUGAGGACAGAAAACGUGAGUAUGAGCUUCUGAGAAAAUUACGUAGAAUAUAACAUAAUGUAGAGACAGUAAUGUAUACUAAUGUGUAUACUAGGAGCAUGCCUGUUUAUUCAUGUAAUGUAACUAUUAUUAAUAUUAUUUAAUGUUCGUCCUUUUUACCACCUGAGCUGCUGCUGUAAACGUUGGACACAAGGACGACUACAAAAGGACUGUCCCCCCCUGUAACUCUCUCAGAGAAACAUUAUUUUGUUAAAUAAGAGAAUAAAAAUAUUUUU